GCGUGAAUAAUUCACGUGAACAAAUCAUGCAUGAUUUAUCGACACUCUGCCAAAUAUCCUUAGUCGUCGAGUAUGAUGGCAAGUUCUAAACCCCACUUUGCUGCAAUAACCCUCGAAGAUUUUACUGAUUCACGUGUUGGAGACAUAACACUCGGCGAGGAGCAGAGCAAAUUUCUUGAUGCAGCACGUGGUGGCGACGCACAUGGUGUUCGUUUGUACGUGCUGGAGAAACAUGUCGAUGUGAACUGCACGAAUUUGUCUGGAGAAACAGCUUUGCAGCUAGCAGUAAACAACGACCACCACAAUAUCGCCAAGUUUCUUCUUGAGAAUGGAGCUGAAGUGGGGAAUGCCUUGCUACAAGCUGUUGCGAAAGAUUCGGUCGAGUGGGUGAGAGCGUUGCUCGAUUUCGUGGAGGACUCGGAGAGUCGACCAACCAGUUCGAGCAAUGUGUCUUCCGAACAGCAGACGAGCCAGGUUCAGUAUAGUAGAUUCGUUUCCCCUUUGAUGUUGGCUGCCCACAAUGACAACCAGGAGAUUGUGAAGCUUUUCUUGUCGAAGGGUUUCACCAUUGAAGAACCAGCAUUCCAUGAUAGAUCCUGUGAAUGCGAUGAAUGCAUGCGCUUGGGAAAGCGAUUGGGGACUUCUCUUUACCGUUUGCAGAGUUAUCGAGCGCUAACUAGUCCUGUAUACAUGUGCAUGUCGUAUUUACUCGACAAAUACAGCGAGCAGCUGGUCGAAGAACAAGACUUAACUUCGUCCAAAGAUCCGAUCGUUCGAGCUUUCCUUUUGAAUCGGAAGUUGGAGAAUCUCGUGGAUACAGAGUACGAAUUCAAAGCGGACUACAAACAGUUGUCUAACAACUGCGAAGAAUUUGCAGUGGCACUUCUCGCCAAAUGCCGCACGAUGGAAGAAAUAAGCUGUGUAAUGGAGGUACCAGGUAUUGAUCAAGUACAGCAUGUCGAAGUCAGGGGAGGACCAGAAGCCCAAAAGCUCAGCGUGCUGAAUUUUGCCAUUGCUAAUGGUAAUGAAAAGUUUGUUGCUCACCCUUACAGCCAGCUUAUGCUCAACUCGGUGCUGUACGACAGAUUAGGAGGAUGGGAAGAUUUUGGCUUCCUAAAGAAAGUGAUGUGCAGUAUGUUUUUAACAUUACUGCUGCCGGUGUUCGCUGUAUUUUAUUUCCUGGCGCCUAACUCUCAAGUCAGCAAAAUGCUGAGGAAACCAUUCUUCAAGUUUGUAAGUCACGCGGGGUCGUUCUGCUGCUUUCUUAUCCUGCUCAUAUUUUCGUCGAUCCAGGACAAGUUGUUUGAUGUGCUUAAGUUUUCAUUCAUUGAUUCGCUCAUAUCGCUGUGGAUCGCCGGUUUGUUGUUCCAAGAGGGAAAGGAAGCAUUUCGCCAGGGAAAAGAGCGUUAUCUCUCACAAUACUGGAACCUCGUCACAUUGUUCAUGUUAGGGCUCUUCGUGUUAUCAGGAUUCCUUUGGCUUGCUGGGUUUUUCAUGACAGAGCAAGAAUUUGGAGGCUCGGUAAUACCCAUUGGCGAGGUAUUUGGCGACAAAGCCAAAGUGUACGCAUAUAAUCUUCUCCUUUUGUCCAAUGCUGCAUUUUCCAUCGGUCUGGUGUUGAGCUUCGUUCAUGCUUCUAAUUUUUUUCAAGUAAGCUCCAUUCUCGGGCCUCUGCAGCUGUGCUUGGUCAAAAUGAUGCGAGACAUCGUCAAGUUUCUGUUCCUGUUUUUGCUAUUGUUCCUUGCAUUCGGUUGGGCUGAGCGGAAGGUUUACUCCCAGUAUGUAGAAACAAGGGAAAAGUUUAUGCGGAAUGCAACCGAACACAAAUUUUCCAAAUUCGGAGGGAGUUUGAGGUUCCUAUUCUGGGAUUUGUUUGGAAAGUCAAGUCUCUCGGACCUGAGCACAGACAAGAGGUUCAUUAUCAGUCAAUACACAGGGGAAGUACUUCUGGCAUUAUACACUAUCAUCUCCAUUUUGGUCGCCCUAAACAUGCUGAUUGCCAUGAUGUCGAACUCGUUUCAGAGGGUCGUGGAUGAUGAAGAUAUUCAGUGGAAGUUCUCGAGAACUCGAAUGUGGAUGUCAUUUCUGGAUGAAGGUGACGUUAUGCCGUCGCCAUUCAACCUCAUUCCUCCUCCUUACUUGGUAAUCCGUCUCUGUAGGAGGUUUUGCGCUGAUCCGUCUUCGUUUCUGCGUGGAUGCUGCACCAGGAGAGAAAGAUCAGUGACACGAUUGAAAGAUAGAGUAGACAUACAGAGGCGUCGCGUGAUACUGAGGCGUUUGAUCCAGCGGUAUCUACUCACUUUUGAGAAUUCGAAGAAACCCUGUCAGCCCCAUGCCCCUCAGCUUACAUCGGAGAGACUGGGGGACUGUAGCGAUCUAAAGGACCUGAUUGCACAGUUGCAAGGCAUGUUGAGAAGGAGUGAAGAAAGGAAAGGUCCUGCUGACGCAACUAAACUACAGUCUGAGGGAAAAAACUAAGGUGGAAUUUCAUCAAAGAGGCAGUGGAAGUCCUCAUAAACCAUAGAAGGACAUAUACGCUAUACUGUGAAUUCGAUACCGACAGUCUAAGAACUUCUACAUUCCUUUUUCAUAGUUUUCUGAUUCGUUGGAUGGGCGCAGCCUGGAAUUUUAGUUAUAUUAGUGUCUCUACAGGCGAACAUGUCACUCGCUCACUCCAGUGUGAACGAUGACGUCACAGCGAAGUUCGCACAUCAUUUUCGGAGAGUCGUUGUUUAAUUUCUACACUGAAGGUGAUAUACUAAAAAAAUUUCUUUCAAUUCCGAAAAUUUUAUUUUUUUUCCAAAUAAUAUGAAGCGUUAAAAACGAUCUGAUCGACUGGGAAGUCGUAGUCAUAAAUUUUGUAACAUCUUUAUAUUAGUUUUAACUUUCUUAUUCCGGUGUUUACUGAGUCGCCUACUAAGAAAUCUGGUUGGUUUUUUAAAUGACUUCUUUUAAGAGGGAGAUACGAAAGCUUCAGGUUUCCUUCAAUAUCAAACCGCGUAAUCUAAAGACGCAGAUGGAAUAACAAGUGUUAAAGUGCCUGUAACUGUCAAACGUAGUUUUUCAAUUAACAUGGUAAACGGAGAAAACGAUUAGGUUUUCAAAAUCCAUCAUUUACUUGCCUGAAGAUCUCUUACGCAGUUGUUAAUUCCCUCCCGAUGAAUUUGCUAAUUUUGCAAGGAUUUCGAGGCACUACUUUUCACCGCUAACUAAUUCGUAUGGAAUACCUCUCUACAGGCGUUUUUUGGAUAAUAAGCAAUGUUUUCCAGAAUUUGUUUCAGCACUAGUAGGCGUGCCGAACCCAGAACAAAAGAUGUGGCGUUUUCUGAAGUAGAAACUGGUCAAACUAGACAUCCUUAGAAAAUAAAAUGUCGUUAUUGUUAGGAUUAUAGUAGCAAUAAAAAGUGAAACUAAGGUAAGAAGGUUGUUUUAAUUUUAAGGUCAUAGGGCUAAUUUCAUUUAGCGUACAGUUGUAACAGUUGCUAUAGAAAAUAGUGAAAAAAUGUGCUAAAAUGGCAAUGAUAUUUUGACUUACAGUUGAAGAUGUCUUAAAUAGUGCUCGUUUAAAUAAAGUGUGACAUACCUAAGAAUUAUCGUACGCAGUACGAUGAAAAUAUUUUGAGAUCUUUAAAGCAAGAACGAGGGUUUGACCUAUAGUCUAAUGUUCUUGAAACUUUUGCUGACGAUUCAUAGAUUAUUAUGGAUCACUUUAUUUUUCCUAUCACUUGUAC